UUCUCCCAACUGAUAAAAGUGUUCAUUCCAAGCCAAGCUACCAUUCAUCCAUAUUAUCUCUCCAUUUCUAUUAUAUAUAUAUAUGUGUGUGUAUAUAUUUUCCGGCCACCCCAUAUAUAUAUCAACCCGCCACCGCCACCGCCACCGCCAGCUAGGCAGAAUGAGCCACCCAUCCUUCGCCGCAGCGCCGCCGUGCUCUCUCAGUAGCUACCGCUUGUCACAACCGCCCAACCGCCGGUUAUUGCGGUUUCCCGGCCGCGCCCCUAACACCGACAACCUCUUCACCGCCGCUACCUCGGCUCCUCGCAGGUCCAAACAUGUUCCCCAUCAUCAUCGUAACAUCGUAAAAUCUCAUCAAUCCACUCAAACCUUCACCUACAGAGUCAAGACCGAUAUUCCCUUGUACGAAUCACCCGAGGCUUCAUUUGACCAGUAUCUAGAGGACAAGUCCAGAGUUCUCAAAGCCUUAUGUCCUCACGAGAAGCGAAAACCUGAACAAAUUAACGAGGAAGAAUGGAGGAUAUACAUGGCACCAAUAGAUUUCAUGUUCCUUUCCGCCACGCCUGUGGUUCAUAUGAGACUGAGGUGCAAGACAAAAGGCAUAGGAUACCCUUCUGGCAUUCCGGCCAACACUUCCAAGCUGCUCGAGUUAAAAGUGGUUAAAUCGGAGCUGAGGGGAGAUUUGGAUUCAUUGAUAAAGCAUACACAAUUCAAUCUAGGGGUUGAAGGAGUUGUAUACCCAGACAGAAAGGGACCAAGAACUAGGAUUAAGGGCUAUGUUUUGAUGAGCAUAACCUUUUCUCCACCACCUGCCCUUGCUCUCAUCCCUCAACAUGUUCAUAACGAAGUCACGCAACUGAUUCUGAGGACAAUAGGAGAGGGCAUGGAAAGGAAUGUAAAUAAUGGAUUGCUGGCGGACUACGGAAAGUUCAAGAGGGAGAAGAGAUGAGAUAUGCGGCGGCGCCGUCGUAAGAAGGCGGCGGCCGGAGAGAUGGAAGUGGAUAUAUAUGUGCAGUAGAGACAACUGAAAAUAACGUUACGUUGGAAAUGAAGUGGUGACAACGUUAACGUGCAAGCAUUCAUUGACUUUAUCUAUAAGUAUAAUUUUAAUUUCUAUUUGAAUAUUUAUUCAAAAAAAAAAAAUUUCUAUUUGAAUAGAUU